ACUGUUGCUAAGCGAGAGGGUGCGGGAGACAUGGAGGCAGGCUCGCUGGGGCAGCAGACCCUGCGGCAGAACAGCCUGGCCCUGGGACGCAGUGGGAGACAGCCACAGUGCACCGAGCUGGUAGAGGAAUCCCUUACAGCAGCUCAGCACCAAGGAAGACAGAAUGUUCCUGUCUCCCUUGCGGAUUCCAGUGAGCCAACAUCUUGUCCAGUCCCAGAUGUUGAAACUUCUUUGGAAGGGAGCGUGGGAAGUACCUCUGAGAUGAAAAGUGGCCCCCACUCUGGUUCCCUGAGUGUACAGGAGCGACCUGCCUCUUCUGGAAAGGCCACAGGAGGAGAAGACAAGGAGGACACCUCCGACAAUGGCAGUGACAUCCUGACUUUGAAGGAGAGCAGGGACUCGGGCAAGCCUAAGCCUGAAUGUGAGCUGUUUAUGAGUGGCUGUGACCGAUGUGAAGAACGGUUUCGUGGCGAUUGUGGGGGCGCUUCUCAGGCUCGAGGAAGGCUUUUGGGAAGGAACAGGGAAGAUUAUAUCUGCCCAAAGUGCACCGUUCUGCAAGUGCAGGAUGAGACUAAUGCAGAAACCACAGAUCAUCAGGAAACUAAAUUUACACCUGGAGAUGCUGAUGACACAGAUUUUACAAGUAUAGGAACAGUCGAGCAAAAAUCUAGUGAAGACCGAAAGAUAAAGAGGAAAAUUGAGAAAGGUGUAAAUCCAGGUGGCAAGAAAAAACUCAAGCUUUGCCAGCCUGUGGUAGAGGCUCCGGGCACCUCCAGGUGCACCCUCCCUGGGAGCUCCAGUGUGGUGCAGUCCAGCCUGGCCUACUGCAGCAAGGACAUUAUUUUUACACAUGCUGCAGCUACUAUGAAAUGCCCAAGUUCAGGCAAAGAACAGAAGCCAAAACCUAAGGAGAAAAUUGUCGCAAAAUUUGUCCUGUUCUCCUGUGUCACCCGCACACCUGCGCUCUCUCUUGCAGCCAGGAAGGCAGACGGAAGAGCAGAGGAGACGGCAGCGGUGGCCUCGGCCUCAAAGAGAAGAGCCCGCCCGGUCUGCUUGGUGGACAAACGACCAUCGCCAAGACAUCUCGCUCCAAAGAAGUCUCCUCCUUUUGCUAAUGUGGCAGCAGCCAAACCGGCCAUUAAAAAGGCACCCUCUAGCUUCAAGGGCACCAUCUCCCAAAAGCCAUGGCUCUCGGCCACCCCAUCAGGUGGCGCUUCCACUGUCGGGCACAGGGCAGCUUCCAAACAGUUCCCUGGAUCUGCUGCUUUGGCUGGAGCCAUCGGGAAGCCGGUAGCAACUUCUCUUCCUGUGGCCUCUCCAGUCCCAGGACACCUUGGGACCUGGAGCCCUGCCCAGUCACAGCCCAGUUCACAAAUUCGGCACAAUAUAAGACUCUCCUUGAAAGAGAUUUUGUGGAAAAGAGUCAGUGACAGUGAUGACUUAAUCAUAACAGAGAAAGAAGUAGGAAACAUCACCCUUCAUCUGGAGAAGGAAAUGUUUAACUUGUUUCAAGUUACAGAUGUUUGCUACAUGAGGAAAUACCGCAGCCUCCUGUUCAACCUGAAGGAUCCUAAAAAUCAGGUGUGUGUGGUCUCUACGUACUGCAGUAUUCCUCAUGCAGAAGGAAACUUGGCGUCUGUUUUCUAUUAGCUGAGUUUCACAGUGAUACAUCAAACAGCAUUUGCAACAUUUAUAUUCUUUCCGUGAAAGUUAAAAAGUAUUUUUAUCCUCUGUGACACUUCUGUAUGCCCCACGUACUUGGUGUUACUUGAGGAUCUUUCUGUUCCCUACCUUAAGUGGACUCU